AUGGCUGCGGGUGGUGUAGGAGACAGAACAUUGCAGGAGACUCCCACAUGGGCUGUUGCUGCUGUCUGCGCUGUCCUCGUCAUGGUUUCCAUCAUCAUAGAGCAUUCUAUUUUCCAUCUUGCCAAGUUGUUCCAGAAACGCCAAAAGAAGGCCAUGUCUGAAGCCUUGGAGAAGAUUAAAGCUGAGUUGAUGCUAUUAGGGUUCAUAUCUCUACUGCUAUCAGUAAGUACAAAAUUCAUUUCAAAAAUAUGUCUGCCUCGCCAUCUCGAAAACUUCAUGCUUCCAUGCAAACCCUCAUCCGAUGAGAAGAAGAUUGAUGAUGAUCAUAACGACAGAAGAAAGUUACUCUGGUUUACUCAACAUCGUGUUCUUGCCGCAGCUUCCAGUGGAGAUGACUACUGCUCCACCAAGGACAAACUGCCGUUAAUAUCACAAACGGGGUUACACCAACUUCAUAUAUUUAUAUUCGUCCUUGCCGUCUUCCAUGUCCUUUAUAGUUUCAUCACUAUGGCCCUGGCCCAGGCCAAGGUGAAGAAAUGGAAGGCUUGGGAAUCGGAAACGACGUCGUUGGAGUAUGAAUUCACCAACGAUCCUUCAAGAUUUAGGUUUACGCACCAGACUUCUUUCGUAAAGCGUCACUCUGGUCUCUCAACAAUAGCAGGCGUAAGAUGGAUGGUGGCAUUCUUCAGGCAAUUCUUUCGUUCAGUAACCAAAGUCGAUUACCUCACCAUGCGCCAUGGCUUUAUCAGUGCACAUUUUGCUCCUAACACCAAAUUCAACUUCCAUAAAUACAUCAAAAGAUCAAUGGAGGAUGAUUUCAAGGUGGUCGUCGGCAUUAGCAUUCCUCUCUGGGUUUUUGCUGUCGUCUUUUUGCUUCUCAAUGUCUACAGUUGGCACGUGCUCAUUACCUUGUUUUCAUUUGUUCCACUCAUUAUACUGAUUAUAAUUGGCACAAAGCUUGAACAUGUGAUCAUGGAGAUGGCUCAAGAAAUCCAAGACCGGACCACCAUUGUUAGAGGAGCUCCAGUUGUUGAACCCAACAAUAAGUACUUCUGGUUUAAUCGACCCCACUGGAUCCUCUUCUUCAUUCAUUACAUCUUGUUUCAGAAUGCAUUUCAGAUGGCAUAUUUCUUGUAUGUUUCAAUUGAAUUCGGGCUGAAGUCUUGCUUCAAUGAAAACUUGGUUUCAGCAUUGACAAGGGUCGUCCUUGGGGUGCUGAUACAAAUAAUUUGCAGUUAUAGCACCUUCCCUCUCUAUGCCUUAGUCACACAAAUGGGAACUCACAUGAAGAAAGCCAUAUUCGAGGAGCAAACUUCGAGGGCUCUGAAAAAAUGGCAGAAAGCUGCAAAGGAGAAAAGAAAACUGAGAAAAGCUGGUGAUAAUUCCUCCAUGAAUCUGAGUGGAGAAAACACACCGAGUCAAGGCACAUCACCUCUCCAUUUGCUCCACAAGCACAUGACUCGAAGCUCAACUCAGCCUGACAUUGAAAGCGUUAUGAGUUCUCCCAGAUCACCUUACGUCUCCGACACAGAUCUCUCCGAUCUCGAUGAGCCAACUCCGGCCAGAUUUCUUCACCAAAAGCCCGACGAUCAAAGUGCUGAUUUCUCAUUCGUUAAGGCUAAUAAGUAAUAUUACAAAGAGAUUUAUGAUGGGUACGUGAUCUACUUUAGUUUUCAUGGGAACUCACAAAAAUAUAUAUUUAGCUUGUACAGACACACACACACACACACACACAUAUAUAUAUACCGAUUACAUUGAAGGAUAUUAUUAAACUUAUAAGAAAAGAGAAUAACAAAAGGCACAAGCUUUGGUUAUGG